CAGGGGGUUGGGGGGGAUGCAUGUUGAUUAAGGGUCAUUUAGGUGUAGCAGAUAAAAAUACUUUAAUAGAACAGAAUGAGGAAAUAGAGACCAGUGUUCCGGCAGCCUCAAGCCUUUCCUGCGCGGUUAUCGGCCCGAAAUAACUUUCACACGACUGACAGUAAGAAGAAGUGAGAGAGCUGCAUAAAGUAAAAGAGAGAGAGAAAGAGAAGGAGAGAGAGAAAGGGGGAGAGCGAAAGAGGGACAGACAGGGAAAGAAAAAAGAGAAAGAGGGAGAGAAAGACAUAAAAAUAGUUUUCUCUCAGGAAAUAAAACUUCCUCUUUAGCUCGUAGAUUGUUGAUCGCGACAUCAAGGAGGGCAGACUUCUGGCAUCAUCUUCUCCCGUUGCUAGGCGACCGUGCGGAGACAGGUCCUCUUUUCGUUUGGACACGGUCCAGUGAGGAGUGUUGGGCGAUCCUGGUCUCACCGUCAGACGCAGCGAAAGUAGUUUUAGGAUGCAUGCCCUGCAGAACUUCUUUCUAUUGGUCCUCGGGAUCAUUAGCCACGCCUCCUCCCAUCUCAACCUGACUCUGAAUGGUCAGUGGAAGGACUGGAAGGACCUUCACAAUAAAGAGUAUGGCAGCCAGGAGGAGGAGGAGCAGCGCAGGUCAGUCUGGGAGAAGAACACGCUGCUGAUCGAGGCCCACAACCUGGAGUAUGAGCAGGGCAUGCACUCCUAUCAGCUGGGCAUGAACCACAUGGGAGACAUGACCGCUGAGGAAGUGGCUGAGAAGAUGACCGGUCUGGUGGUUCCUCAGGCCAGGGAGACCAACAACACCUUCGCUCUCAAUGACAUCCCCACAAAACUGCCCAAUGCCAUCGAUUACCGCAUACUUGGCUUCGUCACGCCGGUCAUAAAUCAGGGCUCCUGCCGGUCCGGUUGGGCCAUCAGCGCCGCGGGGGCUCUGGAGGGUCAGCUAAUGAGGAGCCGGAGGAAGCUGGUGCCUCUCAGCCCCCAGAACCUGGUGGACUGCGUCAGGAGCAACUACGGCUGCAAGGGCGGCUACAUGACCAAUGCCUACAAGUAUGCAAUGAAGAAAGGCAUCAGCUCUGAGUGGAAAUAUCCCUACAUGGGCGUGGAGCAGAAGUGUACCUUUGACAGAUCAGACAGGGUGGCCCAGAUCUGGUACUUUAUGGAGCUCCCUGCGGGGAACGAGCGUUUCUUACAGGCAGUCGUGGCCGUGCGUGGGCCCGUUUCCGUGGGGAUCCAAGCCAGAUCCACAAACUUUAUCUUCUACAAGAGCGGUGUUUACUACGACCCCGAGUGUAGCGGGGAGUACCUGAACCACGCCGUGCUGGUGGUCGGCUACGGCGUCACUCCCACCUGCAAGAAGUUCUGGAUCGUUAAGAACAGCUGGGGGCAAGCAUGGGGCGAUAGAGGUUAUAUUUUGAUGGCCCGGAACAGCAGAAACCUCUGUGGAAUCGCCAACCUGGCCAGCAUCCCCAUCAUGUGACCAGCAGGGGGCGCAAAGAGUCCGAAAAGUGGAAAUAUAGCUCUAAUCUGAGCAUGACCUGUGUGCCUGUGCCUGUGUGUGUGUAUGUGUGUUUGUAUGUGGUUAUGUGUGGGCGUGUGUGUGCCCCGUGCCCGUGUGUGCGCCCGCAUGCCCGCGUGUGUGUGUGUGUGUGUGAGACGUUGUGUGGUUAUGUGUGUACACGUGUCUGUGUGUGCAUUAUGAGGGAAGAUUAUUAAGACUGUCCACAACUCUCUUUCAACUUUCCUCACAUUAGCCAGCUAAUAUAACAGCAUUUUCAUCUUCUGGGGUUCAUUUUUUUGUUUGUUGAUCUUGGAUCAGCGGUUGGGGGUAAAAUAAAAGAGCCUAGUUUAUCCAGUGCCACACCUCUUCUUUCAUGCAAUGGACAGUGAAAGUGAUCAUACCAUCUCUGCAGCUGUCAAACACACAGAUGGCAGUGAACACGCACUUGUGGAUUUACAAAUCUUUUCAAACAGGAAAGAAAAUGUGAAGAAGAAAGUGUUGAUUGAUUCUGCUUGGAGUGCUGGGCAGGUUAUUCAGGUACUGAGACACCUGAGCCAAUCACAAAGCUUAGUUUCUGUACUGAUGGCUGCCUUUGCCAACAUUUGCAUAGAAAUGGGUGGAGCUUGUGUUUGUAUGAGAAACAACACACUUGUAUGGAAACUUGGUUUCAUCUGACCUAACAUGUACUCCUGUAUUUAAUCCUGUAUUACUCUAGGCCAAUGGCCAAGAUGAAGUUGCCUACAGAAUUUCACUUUGCAUUUUAAAUUAAAAUAAAAAUUUUAUAUUUACAAUCCUGAAAA